CGCGUACUGCUGGGUGCAUUCUCGUUAUUUCUCGUGAAGGUGCUAAAAGCAUUUCCCGUGUUCGUUCCGCUAAUUGUGAUCGAAAAGUGAAUCAACAGUUCCGAAACCGAGCGAUAAGCAGCGGUUUCCGCGAAACGUGCCGUUUGUACGCGCCCGUACACGUACUGCACCUCCGCGAGUGCACGCAAUCGAUCGCGAGUUCAACGAACGCGAAAACAUUCAAUCGCCCGCCCUCCCCCACUGCACACACGCACACAGCCACACACGCAUCUAACUUGCGUGCACGGUGUCGGUGAGGUGAGGUGGGUCUUGCUCGGCUCCGUAAAACCGAGAGAAGGCAACAAAAAGCAAAAGUUUCAUACGUAACCAAAAUGGUGUUUGCCAGCUACAACAGUGCGUCGUACCUGCUGCCACUGGACAACGAUCAGAGUGUGGCGUUCUAUCGGAACGAGAACCGGCUCUUCCCGACCCCGAUCGGACCAGCGCCGGGGGGUGUUGCAACCCCACCCGGAAGAAACAGUGGCAGCAACGCCGCGAACGAUAUGAGCAUUACCGACAUGCUUACCGCUGCGUACCAUCACGAGAUGCAGCAGCAGCACCACCAGACUGUUGGCAGCGGUGCCGGCGGCGGCGGCGGCGGUGGCGCUAGCGUUGGAAACAUCGCCACGGGUGAUUGCCCUUUCGGGCGAGUUCAAUCACCAGCCACGCAACAGCAGCAGCCGUACCACCAUCGUUUCGGUGGAUCCGUGGCCAUGUGCGAUGAUUUCCAACCGGUCGGUUACCUGAACGGUUCGUCCAACGGUUACUAUGGCUUUGUCCCGUCGCUCGCCGCUCCAACAGGUGGUAGCGGCGGUGGUGGUGGUGUUGGUGGAGCGCGUGGACCCGAGCCGUGCAACAAUAACAACGUGCUUCCGGAUGCCGUCAACAACAAUCGGUCGCAGCACCGCCCGGUAACAGCGGCAAAUGUCAACGGUCACCUGUCGGCGAUGCAUUUCCAUGGCAACCGAAACCAUAUCAGCUGCAGUGAUGCCGGCGAGCAGAAUAACAACAACAACAGUAAUAAUAAUAAUAAUAACAACAUCAGCGGGGGCGCUGCAGGGAUGUUCCACGUGCAGCCCUUCCCGGCGCAGCAGCUAGUAGUGCGGAAGCGAAAGGAAGCGGCUAAUCAGCAGCAUCAACCGCACGAGGACGAAGAAAUGGACACCAAUGGACAGCUGGCGGCGGGACAGCAGCACCCGAAGCGACGAAAAACGAGCGACACGGAGCAAGGCUGGAUGGAAGCGGUACCAUUUUCGGGCAGCAACGGUGGAGGAGUACUGUACCAGCAUCGGGCCGAGAUCCACGAGCCGGCCAUGGACGAGAUGGAAUGCCAGGAUCAUCCCCAUCUUCCCGCUGCCGUUAAUGGACUUCAAGGGGCGACCGCGACCGGACAACAGCACCAACUGCCAACAAGCAAGAUUCAGAGGAGGGACGAAUUGUCGUUGACCAGCAGCAGCUGCACCGAUGCUAGUAGGGACGCUCGUGGCACGACGACGGUACCGCUGCCCGGCCAUCCAUUUGUGCGGCUGCCGGUAGCUUCCGGUCUGCAUCCGCCCACUGUGGGGCGGUUCGAGCAUGGCAAGAGCGGCCAGGGCUGCGAUCUGGACCUGUUUCACAGCUUGCACGGUACCGGUGGCGGGUUUUCGAUAGGAAAGUGACCUUACCUACUACUACUACUACUACUUAUCUUGGGACGCGUUUGCACGGGACACGGUUGUUGCUUUUGAUAAGGUUUACACACAUUUUUAGCUGAUUAAAACACGGAGGUAGAAGAUUUCAAGUAUCAUCAUCGUUCGUGGUAAUUUCACGAGCCUUAGUGACGCGGUGAGACCGAACUAAUCCUUAUCAAAUCGUUUCCACUAACUGACUGUACUUUACGUUUCUACGAUGUACCUACAAAACGGAAGGAAUGAAAAUCCGUCCGUGUGAGUUUGCCUUUUUUUAAUUGUAACUUUGAUAGAGACUACUUAACGAUUCUAGUGUGUAAAGAGGGUCACAUAUGCGCAUGCGCGCUUUUGUAAGUGUACUUAACGACUUAGGCUUAGUGGAAGAUGGAGAAGGGGUUGGGCGUUGGAAGGAAACGAACAGGAAGAAGCACUCGACAGUGCCUGUAGCAGCAGUAGGGCCUCCGUGAAGAGGACGAGGAGGGAUAGAAGUAAGAUAGUUUCCUAGUUUGCGUAGUACGUGUUUUAGGUUCACUAACAAUUUGAAUCAAAAAAAUUAGGGAGAACCAGAGGUUCUUUGCGGUAACUGAAUAGCUCCCCAAUUUUCGUAGAUGAACUUUUGUGUGAUAUGUCCGGAAAAUGAAACGACUCUAUUGCUAACGUGCACGUGUGGUACGUGACACACACUCCCACUUCCCAUUAAGCUCUAUGUUAUUCUUUGUUACAAAGAGAAAUAAAGCACAAAACGACAACAUCACGCUUCUGCUUCU